AUGGAUUAAUAAUUAAAAAAAAAGUUAAAGAAGUAAUAGGUCCAGAAGAUUUAAUUUCACUAAUUACACUAAUUCGCUGGGUUUCAGGUUGCAAAGGAUAUCACUGAAAUAGAGCCAGAACCUCAAAGAAGAAAACCUUUGUAAUUGACAUCAUUGCAAGUAUAACAUCGACAACAAUUAUACAUGAAAUCCAAAUUUUAAUUCGUCUUACUUUCACAACCUAGCAAAGAAGUUAGGUGGGAUGAAGUGUAUUAAGUAAUUUACACGACAACUCAAGAUAUCACAUGUCCUAUUUGCAUAAGUGAUCAUGACAUCAUAAUCCCUUACAUUACACCAUGUGGCCACAUUUAUUGUCUUCCCUGCUACCAAAGACACAAGCUUCAAUCGAAAUUUAAUUAAAAGUGCCCUCUUUGUGGAGAAUUGGCAGUUAUGAGUGAAUUGAAAUCAGUUAAAAUCAUUAAACACAAAAUCAAGAGCUCUGGAGACACUGUACUUUUAAAUCAGAUUUUAAAAUAUAAAAACGAAACAGAAUUAUAUGUUAAUGGAAAGGAAUCAGUUGUCUAUGCUAGAACCUUAAUUGCAAAUGAGUCUUAUAUCCUGAAGAUUUUUGAGGAAGAGAUUAUUUAGCUUUAGAGCUAUUUAGAGAUUUGUGAAACAGAAAUUUAGGAACCAGUGCAACAAUCUAUAUAAUUUCUCUUAGAAAGAUAAGAUAAGUUGCCAAAAAGUAACCUUAACCUUUAACCUGACAUUGCCCUCAAAUCAUAUGUUCCAAAACCAAAUCAAACAUCUUAUAAGUUUUACUAAGACUCAAAUGGACUUCUAGGUUUUCUUCAUCCAUUAUGUAAUAAGUAUAUCAUUCUGUAAUAUGGUAAUGAUCAUCUACCAUAGUAAAUUGAAUCCUUUUUAAUAUAAAAAGAUUAAUUUACAUAGAAUGACCAUACACUGGCUAGAUACAAGUUUCUUUCUCAUAUUCCAUUACAUACUGAAAUAUACUUUUACGAGAUCGAUUUAAAAAACAUUUUAAAUCAGGACCAUUUAAAGGAAUAUUUACACGAAAUUUAAGAUUAUAGAGAAAGAUAAAGAAAAGAAAGAUUAAGAUAAGAGGAAAAAUAUAAUUAGUUAUAAGCUUAAUAAAUUUAAAAAUAAUAAUAUCCAAUCGAAAAUGGAUAUGAUUACUAAUAUUCAAAUUCAUAAAUAGAUGAAUUUUAAUUUGAUGAAUAAGAUUUCCCAGAGUUACCAGGUGUUAGAAAUAUAAGCUAAUAAUAAGAUGAGUAAGAAAAUAAAAGAGAAAUUGAUUAAAACUAGCCUUAAUAAUAAUAAUAAUAAUAAUAAUAAUAAUAAUAAUAAUAAUAAUAAUAAUAAUAAUAAUAAUAAUAACAAUAAUAAUAACAAUAACAAUAAAAUAGACAAGAGGAGAUUAAUUUUGAUUUAGAAUCUUAAUUUCCUAGUUUAAAUUAAGAAUGCUCUGUAAUUAAAGUGAAUCCCUUUUAAUAAACAUGGGGUUAGCAAUAACCAAAAGUAGAACAAAAGGUUGAAGAUGAGUAGUUGAUUAAGAAAGAAAUUAAUAAUCAAGAAACAGUAAAAUUGAGCGAUUUAGACUUCCCAGUUAUUGUGAAAAUAAAAAAAUUAAAAAAAAGAAACAAAAUUAGAGAGAGUGAAAUAUAUACAUAUAUAUUUAAUUAAAAAAUAAUGUAAUAAGGACUUGCUUAAAAGAGAUUAUUGAUGGAUUUUAAGAAAAUUUAACAAGAAAAUUAGGAAGACUUUAUGGCCUCUCCAUAAGAAAAUGAUAUUUUUCAUUGGGAAGCAGUGAUUUUUGGACCAGAAUAAACUCCAUGGGAAGGAGGAUGUUUUGAAUUAAAAUUGGCUUUCUCGAAUGAUUAUCCAACUAAGCCACCUGAAGUUCGAUUUGCCCCACCAAUUUAUCAUCCAAAUGUCUAUCCAGAUGGAAGAAUAUGCUUAGAUAUUUUAAAGGAACAAUGGACUCCAAUUUUAGAUGUUUGGGCUAUUUUAACUUCUAUCAGAUCACUAUUGUGUGAUCCAAACCCAAACUCACCUGCAAAUCCAGAAGCUGCAAAGUUAUAUAUGUCUGACAGAGCGGAAUAUUAUAGAAGAGUAAAAGAAUAGGUUGAAAAAACACUAAAUGGAAUUGAGGAAGAAAAAUGA